GGUCCUCCUGGAACUAAUCCUGAGCUCAAGAAUCAGUCUGUUACAUAUAAUUCAUCACUUCAGUUCAAAUGCUCAUUAAGCGGUUUCCCGACACCUGAGAUACUCUGGACUAAGGAUGGGGUGAAUCUCACUAACAACAAUACCCUCACCAUUCGUCAAGCGCGAUUGGAAGACUCUGGCAAAUACACAUGCAGCGCCGAAAAUAUCGAGGGGAGCAGAAACUCAACUUUCUGGAUCGAAGUGGCGGGAGGUACGGUUUUCAUUUACAUAUAGAAAGAGCUGAAGUCGCGGACCAAUUUAAAUCUUUAGUUAGAUGAUCCUGGUCAAUAACAUGCAGCGCUAAAAAAGUGAAGGGAAAAAUGAAUUAGCUUUUCAUUUUACGGGGACAGGUACAUGUUGCCUUACUUUUGUUUCCUUCUGUUGCUCUUCUCAUUUUCUAAUGUUUUUUUUCGCAUACUUUCGCCUUUUUUUAAUUCUUCUUGUUAAUUCUAUGCCCAGAUCCUCCUGGAACUAAUCCUGAGCUCAAGAAUCAGUCUGUUACAUAUAAUUCAUCGCUUCAGUUCAAAUGCUCAUUAAGCGGUUUCCCGACACCUGAGAUACUCUGGACUAAGGAUGGGGUGAAUCUCACUAACAACAAUACCCUCACCAUUCGUCAAGCGCGAUUGGAAGACUCUGGCAAAUACACAUGCAGCGCCGAAAAUAUCGAGGGGAGCAGAAACUCAACUUUCUGGAUCGAAGUGGUGGGAGGUACGGUUUUCAUUAACAUAUAGAAAGAGCUGAAGUCGCGGACCAAUUUAAAUCUUUAGUUAGAUGAGAAAAAAAAAUCGAUUCUCUGGUAACAAAUCAGAUUUAAGGACUUGAAACUGCACAAAGUUCAAAACUGAUUAAAAAUAAUAAAAAAGUACUAAAUUGAUGAUAACAUUUAAAGAGCGAGAACAUGCCAAAGUAUAUAUCAAAUCUAAAUGAAUUUCGUAAUCAGACACAUGUAAUUAAUUUUUGUGCAGUUUAAACUGAUCGCUUUUUGGAGCGUCGAGCAAUUUUGACUUUAUAGAUAUCACCAUAUUUUGUCACGGCAUUUAUAAGUGGUAAAAGUGUACGCGUCACAGUAUGCCAAAGCGGCUAUCAAUGCCUUAGUUUCUAAGUAUUUAUUAUUGAAGUUGGAAAGCGAUUUUGUAGAAACAUCCAUGUAAACUUUUCGUUGAGUUGAAAUUUGAAAAAUCAGCGACCACAACUGCAAAGAAAUACAUGAAAAUAAUACCGCUCUUACGUCGUUAUGAACUUGUACUCUUGCUACAACGGACAAUCUGCGUGUUUAAAAUGACAGAUUUAACGUAAUGUUUUCAUAGAAUGCAAACAUUUUGAUCAUUAUCAUCUGGCUAUUCUUCAAAGUAAAUGUGUAGUUUGAACUUAGAGAAACUGGUACUGUUUGGACAUGGUAGCACGGGGUGUUGAUAUUACACCUAAAACUAGUAAGAAAAUUACGAAGAAAUUAAUAAAUAGGUAACUAAAUAGGUAACUACCUCCUGGGCUGCUGCAAGCAUAGGAAAUCUUUUAAGGAAAGAAAAGAAUGUUUUGAUGUCGCGUUGGGCUGACUUAUACCUUCCUAUAUCAAAAGUGAAGAAAACUGAUUGCAUAAUAAACUUGGAUUAAAAAUAGGCUGGGCAAUAACGUAGUUUGCUUUCAUUUUGAAACUAGUUAAUUUAGGGUUGGAUAAGGGAGGGGGGAGAGGGGGUUAAAAUGGAAAAUGCGACCCUUUGUUUAGCUUGGUGAUCUUUUUACUUCAAGUCUCUCCCCAGAUCAUUGAGCCUCCGAAAAGCCAAUCUGUUAUAGAAGGAUACCCUGUAAACUUUAGUUGCGUAGCCUCAGGUAUUCCAACACCAACCUUCGUCUGGACUUUUAAUAAUGGUGACCUGCCAUCUGGUAUCAAUCAAACCGAUCACGAAGAAGAAUCACUCCUAGUUUCGCCAAGUGUCACGAAAGGGUUGAAUGGGACUUACAAGUGUACAGCAAAAAACAAAGCAAACACAACCAGUUCCUCAGCAACUCUGCGUGUUUAUGGUAAGUUCAGUUAUAAUGAUAUUGAUAAGGAUAAUGAUGAUGAUGAUGAUGGUAACGACGACGACGAUGACGUUGAUAAUGACGAUGAUAAUGUUGAAGAUGAAGAACAGAAAUAGGGAGAGAAGAAAUUCAGACAGAAAAAUGAACUUGUAAAUCCAUGGGCAAUGGCGACUGAGAAAAGGAAUAGCGCAAAGAGAAUUUAGGCAAACUCGGUCCAUUUUUAGAGAAGGCAGAUCACGCUAUCUAACGGUUAAAUAUUUAUCCGGUCAAUGUGUGAUGGAAAAACGUAAAGCGUUAUCCACCAGAUAGAGUUUUAUUUUGUGGAUAGUGUUAUCUACCCUUCAAACGACCGGGGUCUGACCUUCAAAAAACGGAUGAUACCAAUGCUUAACACUAAUGUCCUUGGAUAUUUAUGAUUACAAACGCAAAGGGCUGCGUAGAUCUGAGGAGGAAAGAAACGCCAAGGAAAAAGGACAGGUGAUGGCGCUAUAGAGAGUUGAUUGGUUCGAAAUACUUGACGAUAUGCAAUGUACUUCCAUGCUGGAAAAAUCUGAAGAAGAGACUUACGAGACGGAGAGAUCCAGAAUCUCAGAAGAAAGCAAAAACGAAGCAAGACGCAAAAGCCAAAGUUACAUACGACACAUAAUUGGUAUUCUCUAAAUUUAACAACAAAACUAAAACAGAGGAAACUACUUAAUUAAAGCGAAUACGCUUCUAUCUGUGACCGAAAUCGGAGGUCGAAUAGCGAUUAAGCAUUUGAAAGAAUUCCCUCACACCCUCAAUUCUCUUAGAUCUCUCUAUAAAAUUGAUUUAUGGCUUUUGUAAUUCGUAAUGUGACUCAGCCAAUGAGGAUGGAGAAUAUCACAGAGUCAAGAUUUACGGAUUUACACGCUGAAAAAGUAUAAAAUAAAAUUUUCUUCCCAAGCUGGUCCAAGGAGCGGAGAGCCAAUCAAAUUACUUACAAAAGAUGACGGAGGAACCUCUGUGGAGAGUUAUGCGGAAUAGAAAGUAUGCAGAGCAAAAAGAGAUAGAGAAAACAGCGAGUCGGUUUGUACCAGAAAUCUCAUUGGUUCACUGCGCACACCUGUUCGAUUUCCGAUACUACCAACUCGUGCGUAAAAUACCAUACGGACAGACUUUCCAUGAAGUAUUCUCUAUCGAUUGAAUUGUCAUGACAGCUCUUGAUUCUAGUUCCGUCUAUGAUAUCCACAAUUUUUCCAUGGAAAUUUAACAGUGUCAGCUUGAGAAAAUAUUGUAAGUCCACUCGAGAAAAUGUAGUAAGUCCACUCUCCUCAGAAAGUGAUGGAAAACCACCUAAUGAAGUUGUUGUAGUACUUUAGAAUUUAGAGAAACGAUAAUCUACUUGAAAUCACACCCGCUACCGAAACUUCGUGUUGCAUGACUCACUUGUUGUGUCCUUUUGACACAAGGGCGCAGAAGAAAGAACAAGAGAAGAUGGAACAUUAUCAAGACCUUAAUUUAGAAGUUCAGCGGAGGAUCUGGGGCGGUUGAAAGUAUAACCAGGAAAUUUAAAACAUAAGGGCUUCAAGCUUGUUCUGAAACUCUUUUGAAACCUCACGAAACUCACAAGGAAACACUUUUCUUUUUUUUUUUUUCAUUUAAAGCAACCUGUUCGAAGCAUUCCUAUAAAAGAUCGCAUUUGACUCGUUUCGUUUCCAUGUUUUUUUUUGGAGUGUUUCUAAUGCAGUUGAAGUUUUAAUGUGACACUAGCAUUCUAACGAAUUGCCCUUUUUCAACGCAGGAAAAGCCUCUGCUCAAGUUGUUACAGACACAAACCCAACACUUACCAAAGGAGAUGCCCUGGAGUUGACCUGCAAAGUCAACAAAGAAACAAUAAGUAUAAAGUGGAAGAAAGAUGGAGACCCAAUAACAGAAAGAGCAAUUAUAGAUACCCGAUUAGAUGAGAAAAAGAGUAAACUGGCUCUUACUAGCGUUCUGGAAGAGGACAGUGGUGAAUAUUCUUGUGAAGCACGUAACAAGCCAGGAACUGUGGCUCGCUCUGUUGUGACAAUAAAUGUCAAAGGUAAGUUUUUUAAGGAACUACAUAUUAUAUCAGUUAUUAACCAUGUAAGGUCGUUAUUAUAAAGUACACGUCUGCCUUUUAUGUUCCUCACAAACUUUUCCAGAGGUUUUUUGGUCUUCUGGGAACUAGAAAUUUGAAAGGAAUUAAAUUUGAAAGAAAUUUAAAAAACUGUUUCAAAGCGAAUUUGAAACAGUAGCAGUAUGUUAAACAUAUUCUAUAAUUCUUUCACCAAUCUUUCUCUUUCUGUCUGCCUGUUUUUGUAAAUCAACACAUCUGCGUCUGUUUUCUCAAAGGUUAUUCCCGGCCACCCAACGCGAGCAAUAAACAACGUAAAUUGUUGGAACAAAAAAAAGUUAGCUCUCUAUCUCGGUAGCUGGUGAUAUUAAUUUUUAUUUUUAAUGCCGAUCAGCAAAUUACUUUCCUACCAAGCUUCUUCUAUUAUUGUAUUUCAGGAAAUUCAGAGGCUCCCUCCAGCAGCUCACCUCCCUCCAGUAGCUCACCUCCCUCCAGCAGCUCACUGGAGUGGUACUACAUUGCGGGACCUUUGGCUGCUGUCGUUUUUCUACUGGCGUUCAUUUCAUACAUUAAAAAACGCCGUGCGACAGGUAAAAUGUUACCAUACGAAAAUAAAAUGUCUUCAUAUGGCAGAUUGUGGUUUUUAAUACGUCUGUGUCUUGGAGCACGAAGGAGCUAUUUUAAGCAGGUCAUAUUCUGCAUUUCCAGCACCGAUUUUGAAGGUCCCUCUACAGUCCCGGCUAAGCUCAUUACUAAUCAAAUUACAAAAACGUUACAAAUUAUAUGAAACUAAUCACCAUGAUGACCCACCUUAUUCCUUCUCCUGUUGUUUGACAACAAAGUCAAAUAUAAGUUACACGUGGUUUCUGAGUCGCAAGCUUUAACUUAGUUAAUGACGUCAUUCUUACUCACAACGAAGCGAUUUCUUUCAUCUCUUUCCACAUAUCCUUUGAUAAUAGCCCCACCUGAGGUGCCACCCAGGCUGCAGUAAGUGAAUUGUCUUUUUUUUUUUUUUGACGCUCACUGUUUGAAGGUGUGGUUAUUUCCGAAGUUUCUAACUCUUGAAUAAGUUUUAGUAGAGUAGUGAUAAGUGUCACUGCUGAGCAAAUACGUCUUUUUUAUCAGUUUGGACCAAUUAUAUUCACCAUUAAGAGCACACUGGCCAAAAUAAAAGGUUUUUCUUUCGAAACAGCUGCAGUUUCGAAGAGAUUCUUAUCAAAUGGCAGUCAAAUGUUUUCUAAUAUUCUUUCUGUUUUGGAUUCGUUCGUCCUUCAGUUGUUUUAACACCUUGUUUAGUAUCUUUUUUUUGUUAUCAAUAUGCAUGGUUGUGGGUGGCGUACUUUUAAAGAAGAAGAGAAGCUUUGACCCUUCGUCACUUUUUGUUAGAGAAACUACAGUUGAAAUACACCCGGAGUCUUGUAGACCGAUUCAAAAUACCACUCGAUAUAUCGAUUGUAGACAAUACUUCGGAUGGUUUGGUUAGUAUUUUAUUUCUCGCGUAGGAGGCACGAUAUUUAUAUGAUGUAAAAUGCCGAAAAACAGUCAGGUUAGGUUAUUUUGAGGUUAUCUUCUAUCUUUAUUCAAUUUUUUUUCAAUAAAAUCUCCUCUCUGGGUCGAUGCGUCGAAAAAAACCGGUUCAGUAAAUUAGCAUCCAAAUUUCACCUAUUUCAAUAAUUUUUCAUCGGCAAGUGAUAAUUUUCUGAAGCACCCGGAAAUGAAAUGAUAAGAAAAAUAAUUUAAAAUGAAGAUAGAGAGGAUAUCUUUACCACGUUAUGUUAAACCAGAUUCAAAGAAGGAAAAGAUAGAUAGGUAACACAGAUAGUUAAAGUCUUGUUUUUAUCUGCAAUUAUUCAGUGAAGGGGAAGAUGAAGUUGAGAUGGAUCAACUGAACGCAAACACAGACGGAUGGGAGAUUGCAGCUGACCGCCUGAACCUUCGUGAGCAUAUUGGCAAAGAGGCAUUUGGUUCAGUGUGGCGAGCGCUACUGGGUCGUUCUCGUGGCAGACCUGGAAAUCGCACAGUUGCUGUGAAAUGCUACCUACGUAAGUACUUUUUCAGAUCUUUCUUUCAUACAAAGCUUGAUUGAAAUAUCCUUUAUUAAUUUUUUUGAGUAAUUUAUCCUAAUAAAGAGUAUUUUCCUUAGAACAUGAUUUAUUAACCUACCUGAUACAUAACAUGGAUAGCUUAAAAACUAUGCGCUGUUCAAAUGAUUUAUCAGCUGGCAUGUCAAAUUAAUUGUUAGCGGAUGGUUCCCGGGGGGACCAGUUGUUAAUCUUUUGUCAUACAACGCUACUAAAAUAGAACAGAACACGAAUAUCAUUUGGAGUAUUAGAAGCUGAGGAGAAAAAUGAAAAUUUAUCGAUUAAAUUGCAUUCAAGUGCAUACUAAAAAUGUCACUCCGUCGUAUAUUUUGCAAAGUUGCCCACUUUGAUGGGAAAUAAUGUCAUGAGAUCUCAAAGAAACCUUGAGAGGGUGAGUCUAGCGAAAAAAACUCGGAGCCAUUUGCCAGUCUAGUGGUGGUAGUAUGAUCUUCUUGCGCUAGACAAGCUGAAAAUCACAAUGCAGUAGAACCUGUAUUAAGCGGUCACCUUGUAAUAAGCGGUCAGUUUUGAAAGUCCCCAAACUUUCCUCCUUUACUUAUGGUACUUUUUAUAUCAAGCGGUUGUAGUCACCUUUUACUAAGUCCCAACAGCCUAUUUGUAAUGUUCCCCACUUUUAUUGAACGGUCACUAAAGCGGAAGUACUCAAAUAAAAUUAAGAAUAAUCUUUCAAGUAAAAUUUAAUCCAUGUUUAUCUCCCGAAAUCAAUGUUAGGAAUAUUUUUGAGCGAGGUUGUGUAUGUUAAGUGGUCCGUGAUGGCAUAGAGUGGCAUUUUUUAAACUUUUAUCAAUAGUAGCCCUAUUCCGUGGAACCUAUAUUCAACGGUCAACCAUCCCCGCGCGUGACCGCUAAAUACAGGUUCGACUGUAACAAACUUACAGAGUCAAAUGAAUUUAUAAUAACUCUGGGAAUGCUUACGAAUUAUUGUAGCUUUUAGUAAGAUAAAAGCAAGGAUUAUCUAAUUUAUGACCUGUAGGAAACAAGAAGGCGCAAACAGAGCAUGUAUUUAAAAAAAACUGUCUCAAAUAUAUAUUCGAUUGACUGUUAGGUAUUAUAACAGAUGGAAUUUCUAGGCUUAAUUGCGUCUCUACUUUUGUAAGUUAUCUGUAAACAAUUGCACGGUUCAAUGGGCUUGCCUAGUUAACAACAAUGCUUGAGAUGCGCAGCGUUUUCUUAGCAAAUAUUUUUUUCAAGGAGGAUGAAUCUAUUUUGGAAAUUUCAUGUUCAAUAAAUUGAACAAUACGGCUAACUGACAUUUUUGUGGCAAUUAUGGAUUAUAUGGAGUUUAGUAAACUAAUUUUUUUUUUUUUAUGUAGACCAAAUCCCUUAUAAUUUGCGCUGGUAAGAUAACACCAAGCAUACAACAAUUCCAGAUGUGGAUGUUUACCACACAAUUAAUUGUGUCUCUCUUGACAUGCAAAGGUUGUUUGUUUAUCUAAUUUUUGUGUGGUUUCCUAGCAAUCUCCGGAGAGAAAGGAAGGAAGGCCCUGCUGAGAGAGAUCGAGUUAUUAAAACUCUUUGGAAGGGAGGGCCAUGAAAAUGUUGUUAAGUUCAUUGGUUGUGUCACAGUUGGAGGUAAUCAACUAUUGUUAUGAUUAUAAUCAGCUAAUUCACAGCAACGAUAGAAACAUCUCUGAGUUCAACCACUGGUACAAUUACUUCUAUCAGUAUUCUUAGUCCUUGCUAAGAUGGUGUACUAAUUCAAUGGUUAUUUUCAAUUUUUGACUGUUUUAAAUGAAUUUACUUCGCAUUGUAUGAGGGGCAUUUUACUUGGAAGAUGUUAGCUCUAAAAUCUACAUGUUAAUUGUAAUAAAAACUUCAACUUACGAUGGCAAGUCUUUGUCUAUUUAUCUGCCAUCUCUGUUUUUUCUGUCUGUCUGUCUGUAGAUUUCUAUCGGCCGUAUUUGUCCGUCUAUUUUCUAUCUGUGUGUUUUCUUCUUUCACUUUCCCUCUCUGUCUCUACUUUGAUUCAUUAUAGAUAUAACUUGAGGUAUGACUAGAUAAAGCAUGUACAAUUCAAACACGUUUUGGAACUUCUGCACUGCUUGCCGUAAAAUAAUUUUCUUGUUUUUCCCUUUUAGCUCAGCCAAUACUUAUUAUGGAGUACCUGUGGCGAGGUGACUUGCUGGGUUAUCUCAGAAAAUCCAGGGGGGUUUUCGACCAAUAUCAUCAUGGGGUCGGAAUUGUCGACCACUUGACAACAUAUGACAUGGUGCUGUUUGCUAAACAGAUCGCACAUGGUAUGACUUUCCUCGCGUCCAGAGGGGUAAGUGCUCUAACUCUUUCUGGUUAGCAUGUGGUCCUGCAUGUGAUAAAAUGGCAUGACUUGCAAAUCGUCAAAGUUAUACUCCAUACGGCUAAAAAUAUCCAGCAGAUUAGAGUCACUAUUUCACAGAGAAAUGGUCUGACAUUAGCAUGAUGUUAAACUUUCUACCUAUAUUUUACUUUUUUAUUUUAUGUAGUUUAUAAAAGUCCCUUUUAGCAGAUCAUAUAAUAUUUGUUUUCGAUUUCAGAUAAUUCAUCGCGAUCUUGCAGCUCGUAACAUCCUUCUUGAUGAGCAUCGUGUCUGCAAGUUGACUGACUUUGGGCUCUCUUAUCAGGAUUUCAAAUACGGCCCAGGAAAUGCCAAGAAGGUAAUUUUCAGGAUUUUUUCAUCAUUUAGUCAAUUGGUUUUGGGGCUGCUGGUAUGGAAGAUAAAAAUGUGAAGAAUUAAAAUAUUACUGUCCUUACAAACCUUUCUUUUCAGUUAUACAGUCUUACUGCAAAACAUAUUUCCCUUUAAUGGGAAGCCAUUCUUAGCGUAUCGAAGCUUUCACAGAAAAAAAAGAAUGAACACAGGAAAUAAGAAAGCCGGAAGAGAUAUCGCUCUCUGAAUAACAAAGAUACAAACUCGAAGGGCAAAGUAACAGAAAAAUUUAAAGCAAAAGGAAUGUGUGAAUUGUUUUCAUAGAAUUUGUACAAAGGCGUCUACUGCUAUUGACUUUAUCGUGAAUCCUCACAUCACGGUUUUAAUCUUAUAUGCAAAUUAUUUUAGGAGCUGUAUACAAGCCUCUUUAGAUUUCAGAUGUUUAUAAUAUUUUGGUUACUCAUCCAGGGAUGUAUCCCAAUCAAAUGGACUGCACCCGAGAUUCUCUUUGGACAUGUGGAACAACUGUCAACCAAAAGCGAUGUGUACGUACUGUAUUGGUUAUUAUCUACAUAUAUUCCAUAAGUGAAUAUUUUUUACGAUUCUACCUUAACGUAGCGAGGGAAACUAGAAUAUUCAGUGCUCUACUGAUUAGAGGGUCAUUAGGAAACGUCAAGCUGGAAAACAGCUGAGGUUACAGCUGUAGUUUGAGACUUUAUAUGAAGUAUAUAUAUGAAGUAUAUAUUUAUAUGAAGUUUAUAGUAUCCAAAUUCUGAUUAGGACAAGAAAAGACGGAUGAAAGGAUGAGUGGAUAAUUAAACUAAUAAAUAUGGCGUUUUCUCUCAGAGAGGUUGAUUAUAUCUUGAUGGCAUGUUUCUAAACAUCCCAAGUAUCUGAGUAAUUAUUAUCUUUCUACCCCAGUUGAGAUAUAUCGUCAUCCUUCCAUUUCUUUGACAGGUGGUCCUACGGCAUCGUCUUGUAUGAAAUCUUCACUGUCGGUACUUAACUUAUUUGUUACUUUAUAUUCAGGAAAUAUACCUGCCGAAAUUGCACGCAUAAUUACUAACUGAUGAGUGAUACCGAGCGGACAAAAGAGCAUUGUACAAUAGAGAAGUAGAAGCAAUACUCAAUGUCGCUGAUAAAUAAAAUUAUGACGAUGCAUAACAACUUGACAUAAAGCUUAAGUUUAAGUAGAACUGUAUUUAGUACAUAAUUGAAAAGCCUUAAAUCCAUCGCUACACUUAAAUUUGUUUUUUUUUUUACAGUACUCUUUCAUCUGAUGUAAAACCGAAAUGUGUUUCAGCAAACAAUUGUCGUUUUCUCAGAAGAAUCAUUUCGAUCGCGCUGAGAGGAAUGAAAGUGAUUACAACAAAAAAAGUAUGCUUUUCUGACAAACAGAAAAAAACAUUAUUUUUUCACAGGAGGCAUUCCUUACGAAGGAUGGUCUCAAUCCACGACAAUGAAAAAAAUCGAAGAAGGUUAUCGUCUGCCAAAGCCUGAACAUAUCGACGACAGUUUGUAAGUGUUGUUUCCUCUGUGUGGAAUGUUAUAGGAGUCAAAAGCAAUAUCGAUUGCUGCUGUGGUCAGGUGUUUUUGAUACACUCGCUCUGAAUAAGUAGCCUUCCUAAGAAAUUAAUUUUAUCUUUUCAGUACAAAAAUUAAAAUGAAAAGUUGUUGAGUCAAAUAAAGAAUACGGUGGGUUUUUCAUCACAGAAUUCGUUUGAGCUGCAAUGUAAUGAGAUAAACUUAGCAUUUCACUUAUUUUAGUAACUAACUGUGGUUUCUCAACUUUGCUACUUGCAAUAUUAAUGUCUAUCGCGGAAUUACUGUGAUCAUACGUCCUUGUGUUUUUCGAUAGAUACGCGGUUAUGUUAAACUGCUGGAAAUACGAAAGCGCCAGCCGGCCACACUUUGUGAAGCUCUAUCAAACAAUGGAUACAUAUAUUAAAACAAAGGUUUGCCAUACAGUGUCUAAUUCAGGAUAUAUUUCAGCAAUUGAAAUCGGUAUCCUACCAAGUCAAUUGCGAAUUUCUUUUCUCGUCAAUAGUGUGAUGUCAAAACGCAUUAACUACCCAGCCGCUAACAAUUUGUGAUUUCAGUUUCAUCAUGAACCAAUGUUACUUUUAAACAUACGCUAGUGAGGUUACUUUUAAACAUACGCAAGUGUGGUUACGUCAUGUCAGUCUGGAUCAUCCUUAUUUUCCCUCUGUUGUCUACACACAAGAAAGAACGGAACAGAUCUUAAAAUAACACUUUUGGAAAACUUUGACAGAAAGGAAGACCUUACCUGGCUUUUAUUCUUAUCAAUUCAUGCAAGUACUAAUGGUUCUUGUCUUUGUGAUUGAUAUCUGAUCUGCUCUUUUUUUUCUUUUUAGUGACUCAUUUUUGGAAUUUCUUUGUUGAAUUUUUGAAAUUCAUUCGUUCAAGAUUUUUUAACUCAUGCAGUUCCUGAUUACCUUCUAAUCUUUUUCAUAGACAUAUGUAGAUAUCUUUGACGAUGACAAGUAUGAUCAGGAUAAGUACAACUUUGUCGAUGACCGUGGAGCUGUUGCAAACCCAGAAGAUGCAGACCCGGAUGAGCUUGGAGCAGCUGCAGCAAAUCCCAUCGGUGAGGUGGGUGAACACGGUGCUACAGCACAUCCCUUUCUUGUUGCAGUGGACGAUGAUGCUACAGCUUUCCCUCUUGGAAUUAACGUAGGAGACGAAGGAGCACCUGCAACAGAUCCCGACCGUGAAGUGGGUGAACACGGUGCCACGGCACAUCCAUUGUGAUUGCUAUAAACGAUGGUGCUCAAGCUUUCCCUUUCGCUAUUAACGUACCAGAGAAAGGGGCAGCUGCAGCAAAUCUCUCCCAUGAAGUGGGUAAGCACGGUGCUGCUGCACAUCCCUUUGUGGUUGCAAUUGACGAUGGUGCUACAGCUUUCCCUUUCGCUAUUAACGUACCAGAGGAAGGGGCAGCUGCAGCAAAUCUCGCCCAUGAAGUGGGUAAGCACGGUGCUGCUGCACAUCCCUUUGUGGUUGCAAUUGACGAUGGUGCUACAGCUUUCCCCUUCGCUAUUAACUUACAAGACAAAGGGGCAGCUGCAGGAAAUCUCGCCCGUGAAGUGGGUAAGCACGGUGCUACCGCACGUCCCUCUAUGGUUGGAAUUGACGUUGGUUCUACAGCUUUCCCUCUCGGAAUCAAAGUAGAAGAAGAGGGUUGCGCAGCAUACCCUUUUGAGAGUGAUAAGAAAGAUAUGGAUGCCCAAGCGUACCCUUUGGAGAGUGAUACUUUACCAUACCUUAGCGAGAACGAGGAAGAAGAUGUUGAUGACUCCGAGUUCCCUCUUGCGAUUGAGGAAGAACAAAUUGAUCCUUUACCAUCCUCCCUGGUGAUAGACGAAGACGGUCUAGCUGCUUCAGCAUGUCCCCUUGUGACUGACGAAGAAAAUUCUGAUUCUUUAGCAUGCCCCCUUGUGGUUGAGGAAGAAGAUUCCAAUAACUCAGCAUGCUCCCCUGUACUUGGGGAAGAAGAUUUGGAAGCCACAGAAUGCCUUUCUGUUACUGAAAAAGAAGAUCCUACCUCUUUCGCACGCUCCGCAAAUGAGGCGAACAAACCCGAUGCGUCACCAUUCUCUUGUGUGAUCGAAGAGGAAGAUCUUGAUUCUUUAGAAUACAAUCCUCUGAUCGAAAUAGAAGGCCUCAGUGAUUUCGUCUUCCCUUCAGAAAUUCAAACUAAUGACGAAGAAGGUGUAACAAGUAAACCUGAAAAUACCGUUGGUUAUGAAGGUGCUGAAGCAGUUCAAUCUGAAAAGGAGGCAGUAGAAGAAGAACCUAAGACUUGCCAACUAGAGUACAGGAAGGAUGAACAAGACGAUCUUGGAAACUAUAUGGACGACCAAAGUGAUGCUGUAGACCUUUUUGACGGAGACGCUGGCGUACAAGAGUAUGAUGGUAAUCAACUUACUGCUGCGGAUAUAGACGAAACUGGAAGUGACGAAGACGAGGAGUCAUCUGAAGCAACUCCUCUUGUGCAGGACUGA